UGUUCAGCCUGAGCAGCCUGUUGGGUUAGCUGCAGCGGCAGAAGGUCGGCCAAAACGCAUAUCUAAGGCACCUCCUUGUGGGACAGGGGGGCACAAACAUGGACACAACGCUGGGCCGGAGGCAUCUGAUGAAGGACAUGCAAGACCUCCUCCUUAUUAUACGAGAAAGCGUAAGGUUCAAAAAAGGUGAAAGGUACAGUUGGGACAUUAGCUGGAGGUAGAUAUUCAUGUGUUUGUGAAUGAUACAAUUCUUGUUGCUGUUAUCUUCGAGGCGAUGUCUGGCAUGUAUUCCUGAAAGGAGACUUCAAACACAUGCUUUAUGGCUACAAAUUUGAUGGAAAAUUCUCCCCAGACAAAGGGCUUUACUAUGAUUCUUCUCGGAUUCUAUUGGAUCCUUAUGCAAAAGCAGUUAUAAGCAGAGGUGAGUUUGGUGCUUUAGGAGCUGAUGGUAAUUGCUGGCCCCAAAUGGCCUGCAUGGAACCUUCUUUUGAUGAUGAGUGCACCUACCAAUAAUUUUAGCUUCAAUCCAGAUGGGUCUGCUGUGAACCCUGGAGCUUUCCAGCAGCAUAUUCGAAGUGAUUCUAAUCUUAUGGCUCAGUUGUUUCAGACAAGUGUGCCUCUUCAGCAACAGCAGCUGCUGUAUAAUGGGAAGGAGAUGAAGAAUAUUGAGAAAUGGCGCUUAAUUAUCUAGCAAAUCAGUUCUUCUUUACUGGUCAACAUUUUUUAGUUGAGCAACUGACUGAAACUGCUCUUGCUGUUACCAAUCAUGGACCAACAAAGGCACAUUCUUACUACAAUUUAGCACGAUCUUACCAUAGCAAGGGGGACUAUGAAAAAGCUGGGCUGUACUACAUGGCAUCUGUCAAGGAAAUCAAUAAGCCAUAUGAAUUUAUAUUUCCUUAUUAUGGUUUGGGACAAGUACAGUUGAAGUUGGGGGAUUUGAGAAGUGCACAGUCAAACUUCGAUAAGGUUUUGGAGAUUUACCCUGAUAAUUGUGAGACAUUGAAAGCUCUUGGGCACAUAUACGUUCAGCUUGGCCAGACUGAGAAGGCCCAGGAAUUUAUGAGGAAGGCUACCAAAAUUGACCCACGUGAUUCUCAGGUAGUUGAUCCUUUUUAUGUUAUCUAUUGUUUCUUGAUGUUUUAUUGAACAAGUCUCCCUACC